UGUUUAUGGGGACGGGAAUUUUGUAGUGAUGAAGAGAUUCAUUCUUCCCUCCAAUUCUCUUGUCCACUGGUGUGGUUAUGAGAUCUGCUGUACUUCACUUAAAGCCUUUAUUCCUCAGAUGCUUUACCAACAGAGUCAGCCCUACUACCAUGCCAUGUUUUUCAGAGCAAAUUGGAGCUCUGGCAGAUCAGCACAUAGUCCACGUGGCAUGUGGUGAGUCCCACAGCCUGGCCCUCAGUGACCGGGGCCAGCUCUUUUCUUGGGGUGCAGGGAGUGAUGGACAACUAGGACUCACGACUACUGAGGAUUCUGUGGCAGUACCUAGGUUAAUACAGAAGCUGAACCAGCAGACAAUAUUACAAGUGUCCUGUGGCAGCUGGCAUUGUUUGGCUCUUGCAGCUGAUGGCCAGUUCUUCACCUGGGGAAAGAACAGCCAUGGUCAGCUGGGCCUUGGGAAGGAGUUCCCUUCCCAAACCAGUCCACAGAGGGUGAGGUCCCUGGAGGGGAUCCCGCUGGCUCAGGUGGCUGCAGGAGGGGCUCACAGCUUUGCCCUGUCUCUCUCAGGAGCCGUUUUUGGCUGGGGGAUGAAUAAUGCAGGGCAGCUAGGACUCAGUGAUGAAAAAGAUCGAGAGUCUCCUUGCCACGUGAAGCUCUUAAGAACACAAAAAGUCGUCUAUAUUAGUUGUGGUGAAGAACACACAGCAGUCCUCACGAAAAGUGGAGGUGUGUUCACCUUUGGCUCUGGUUCUUGUGGGCAACUUGGACAUGACUGUAUGAAUGAUGAGGUUAAUCCAAGAAGAGUUCUAGAGCUGAUGGGCAGUGAAGUAACUCAGAUUGCUUGUGGCAGACAACAUACCCUAGCCUUUGUGCCUUCUUCUGGACUCAUCUAUGCAUUUGGUUGUGGAGCAAGAGGUCAAUUGGGAACUGGACACACUUGCAACGUUAAGUGCCCAUCUCCUGUGAAGGGUUACUGGGCUGCCCAUAGUGGCCAACUUUCAGCCAGAGCUGAUCGCUUUAAAUAUCAUAUCGUUAAGCAGAUCUUCUCUGGAGGAGACCAAACUUUUGUACUUUGCUCCAAAUAUGAGAAUUAUUCUCCUGCUGUUGACUUCAGGACUAUGAACCAAGCACAUUAUACCAGUUUAAUAAAUGAUGAAACCAUAGCAGUUUGGAGACAAAAACUCUUGGAACAUAACAGCACAAAUACAAUCAAUGGUGUUGUUCAGAUACUAUCUUCUGCAGCUUGUUGGAAUGGAAGUUUUCUUGAAAAAAAAAUUGAUGAACAUUUUAAAACAAGUCCCAAAAUCCCUGGAAUUGACCUGAACUCAACUAGAGUGUUAUUUGAGAAGUUAAUGAACUCUCAGCACUCCAUGAUUCUAGAACAGAUCUUAAACAGCUUUGAAAGUUGCCUGAUUCCCCAGUUGUCCAGUUCACCACCAGAUGUUGAAGCAAUGAGGAUCUAUUUAAUCCUACCUGAGUUUCCCCUGUUCCAGGAUUCCAAGUAUUAUAUAACAUUGACUAUUCCUUUGGCUAUGGCCAUUCUGCGGCUGGAUACAAACCCCAGCAAAGUAUUAGAUAACUGGUGGUCUCAGGUAUGCCCGAAAUAUUUCAUGAAGCUGGUAAACCUCUAUAAAGGUGCAGUUGUUUAUCUACUGAGGGGAAGAAAGACAUUCUUAAUUCCUGUACUCUUUAACAAUUAUAUUACAGCAGCUCUCAAACUCUUGGAGAAGUUAUAUAAGGUAAAUCUUAAAGUGAAGCAUGUGGAAUAUGAUACGUUUUACAUUCAUGAGAUUUCUAGUCUCGUGGACAUUCAGGAAGAUUACCUCAUGUGGUUCUUGCAUCAAGCAGGAAUGAAAGCCAGACCAUCUAUAAUACAGGAUGCUGUAACACUUUGUUCCUACCCUUUCAUCUUUGAUGCCCAAGCCAAGACCAAAAUGUUACAGACUGAUGCUGAAUUACAGAUGCAGGUUGCAGUCAAUGGAGCCAACCUGCAGAAUGUCUUCAUGCUUCUCACCUUGGAGCCUCUGCUGGCCAGAAGCCCCUUUCUUGUCCUUCACGUCCGCCGGAACAACCUUGUUGGAGAUGCCCUAAGAGAGCUGAGCAUUCAUUCUGAUAUUGAUUUGAAAAAGCCUCUUAAAGUAAUCUUUGAUGGUGAAGAAGCAGUGGAUGCUGGUGGUGUUACAAAGGAGUUUUUUCUUUUGCUGUUAAAAGAACUUUUGAAUCCCAUUUAUGGAAUGUUUACCUAUUAUCAGGAUUCAAAUCUCUUGUGGUUUUCAGAUACGUGUUUUGUAGAGCACAACUGGUUUCACUUGAUUGGCAUAAUCUGUGGACUAGCUAUCUACAACUCCACUGUGGUUGAUCUUCACUUCCCAUUGGCCCUCUACAAGAAGUUGUUGAAUGUAAAACCAGGUUUGGAAGAUUUAAAGGAGCUGUCACCCACUGAAGGAAGGAGUCUUCAAGAGCUUUUAGAUUACCCUGGGGAAGAUGUUGAGGAGACUUUCUGCCUCAACUUCACGAUCUGUCGAGAAAGCUAUGGAGUGGUUGAACAGAAGAAGCUGAUACCUGGGGGAGAUAAAGUGACUGUAUGCAAGGAUAACAGGCGGGAAUUUGUGGAUGCUUAUGUUAAUUAUGUCUUCCAAAUGUCAGUUCUCGAAUGGUAUACAGCCUUCUCCAGUGGCUUCUUAAAGGUGUGUGGUGGCAAAGUACUUGAGCUCUUCCAGCCUUCAGAACUGAGGGCCAUGAUGGUGGGGAACAGCAACUACAAUUGGGAGGAACUCGAAGAGACUGCCAUCUACAAGGGUGAUUACUCAGCCACACAUCCCACUGUGAAACUAUUUUGGGAAACAUUUCAUGAGUUUCCAUUGGAAAAGAAGAAGAAGUUUCUUUUGUUCCUGACGGGCAGUGAUCGGAUUCCCAUCUAUGGCAUGGCAAGCCUGCAGAUCAUCAUCCAGUCCACAGCCAGCGGGGAGGAGUACUUGCCAGUGGCUCACACCUGCUACAACCUUCUCGACCUCCCCAAAUACAGCAGCAAAGAGAUUCUGAGUGCUCGGCUGACCCAGGCCCUUGACAACUAUGAGGGCUUCAGUUUGGCCUGAGGCUGCUCAGCUGGCCCCGGAUUUCCCUUCCUUCCUCAGUGUUCACAUUGAGGCCUAUACAGAAAAUCAUGGGGAGUGAUUUCUAUUUUUUUAUUGUAUAAGUGGGUUGGGACUUUUGAAUCCUGAGCCUGGUUGAUGUAUUUCCUGGGAUUUAAGCAGUUAAGCAACCUUUUUGAAAAAAUCAGGGGUUGGGUAUUAGGGUGAAAAAUUGGCUCUUGCAUGGGAGGUAUUUUUUUUGUUUGUUUUUGUUUUUUAACUGAACUACCCAGUGUUCUUGCACUUGUGAAUAUCUUGCACUCUGCUGGAUAAAUGGCAGUGACUCCUUAAACGCUCAUUUCCUAAAUGUCUCUGCCAACCCUGAUCUUUCCUCACAAUGCUUCCUCGUCCUUCUCUUCACUUCUCAUUCCUCUACAAGAAUUAUUUUGACUGAUCUAUCCUUUCUUACCUGAGCAUGCAGAAUGUCUCCUUCCUCUGCAGUCUUGAAGUGUGCUUGGCUUGUUUCAGCCCCACUCUAACCUGGAGGAGAAAAGGACUACUUCAGAAACUCCCAAUUUCAGAAAACUGAGUCUGGGUCCAUUACUUUAGUUGAACUCUUGAGAAUUUAUGGGGGUGUUUAUAAAUGCAUCCUAGUUUUUGUUUUUUGUUUUUUUUUUAAAAAAGGUCUUGAGGGAAAAGCAAUGUUCCUAUGCCUGUGCCUACUUCUUUGACCUCCUUAAGAGAUGUGCAGAGCAGCUUAGAGUUGCAGCUGAGCCCAGUGUUUUGUUGCUCAGCCAUGUCCCUUGGACAAUGAGGUGAGGUGACAGGCCUUCUGCCCCUCCCAUUAUCUCACUUUUGGAGCAAGUUGCAUAAUGUUUUAAAGAGUGUCUUCUCCAAGAAAAGUGAAAAAAAUAAAUUUCUUGUCGUUGUCGCUAUCACUUUAUAUCCCCUACCACUUUCUCUUUCCUUCUUUCCCUUGUUUUCUCCUUUUCUUCUUCCUUACUUUAUUUUUCUCUCUUCUUCACUUCAUCCUAUUCUUUGCUACUUGACUUACUGCUCCCUUCCUCUCCUUCUAGUGGAUGCAUGCAGUCUAUUGUUUUUAAAUUUCUAUUUAAAUUGCAAAAUUUCUACUCAGGUUUUUUUUCUUUCUUCUCUCAUUGCUAAGACUUAAGGACAUUAUUAUGGAACUUUUGUUUAUCAGAUUUGAAUGUUUGUUUACAAUGGGAUUUCAGAGGGGAUAGUGUUUAAAUCAAAUAUAUGCAUCUCAAAAAGAAUGACAUGCUCAACCUUCCUCAUCAUGGGAUUAGAUAAUUCUAUGUGAAUAAAGAAUCCAUGUCAGCCUAAUUUUAAAUUCCUAGUAACUAGAGAAAAGAGUUAUUUAUAUAAAAUGAAGUAUUUAUGAACUGUGAUACAGCAUCAAAUCUCAAUGAAGGAGUGUAGAUUUUUGCUUUUUCUUUUUGUGUUUUUAAACUUAUUCCAAUUGCUAAAUUGGUAGUUUUUCAGUCUUUAUAAUACAAGAUAAAAAAAGAUACAGUUAUAAGAAAUGUUUAUUUUCUAUGUGUGUGCAUAUAGUUCAAUAUUAUGCAAUAAAUUUGGUGUUUUAACCUAAAACUGUUU